AACCUAAAUCCCAAACUUCUCUCUCACACACGUUCAUUGCCUCUAUCUUCCCUCCCUCUCGCGUUCUCUCUCUCUCUCUCUCUCUCGCGCGCGCGCGCGCGCGCAGUUUCUCUUUCCUUGCUUGCUCUCGAUCUACGGUUGAAUCGACGCCGGUGGCCGUCGCGGUGGAUCUCCGGAGAAGAUGACGGCGACGCUACGAACUUGGUGAACUGAAUUGCAGUUCCUAGAAAGACGUUCUAAAGAGGGGAGAGAAAGGGGGUGCAAGGGAUAUUUCUGGGGUUUUGAAAUUUUUUGAUAAUCAGAACUGUCCCUUGACCAAACUAGAAUGGACUCAAGACAGAACGGAGAUAUCAUCAAGCAUUUGGAGAAGCAGAAUGAGCUACUUAUGGAAGCCUAUAGAUCAAUGUCGCAUGAAUUGCACAAACUUCAGGUAGAAGAAGAAAUGCUGAUGCGCAAGUUUUAUGAGAUUAUGUCUGCUCAUGGUAAAAUUAAAAAGACUGAGGAUCGUAGUAUCGUUUUGGACGACCGCAUUGUUGAAGAAUCUACUGCGUUGGUUACUUCAACUAGCAAUGAAGAACAGUGAAGACGUUGAUAUGUUUCUCUUUGACUUCUCUUCAAAUUCUUGAAUAAUUGUAAAUGCUCUUUUAAUUUUUUUUUUUUUUUUUUUAUAUACGUUGCUCAGUUCAAUUUCUGUUUAAUUCUCUUUAUUGCAAAGAAUUGGUGGUCUGCAUUUUCACGCUGCUAUUUAUUCUACCCUCUUAGACUAAACUUUGCAAGGUGAUUGAAAUCUGAGUAAAGUUUUUUUC